AUGCUCCAGGCUAUAGGAGGGACCGUGCCUCCAAACACUGAUCAUGCGAUCAGUGUCUCUCUUCCCACAUGGAAGAGCAAUGUCGGAUACGAGGAGGGACAGGACUGGGUCAUAAGCCGCAUGCAAUGCGGAUAUCCCAGAUUCUUCGUGCAUCCUUUGAUUCAAUCGCUCGCUCAGGAAGUGUUGCGCCGUUGCGGUAAUGCCGACCUCGAAGCCACAACACUUUUCCCUUCGUCGCGAACCGCGGAGAUAUGCCGAACUUUCAUGAUUGCAAGGAUACCAGCCGGCGAGUCCUCCAAAAUUCGAAUUGUCAGCUUCGUACCAUCGCCGAAAGCCGAUUCCGAUAUACGAUCCCAUGUCAACUCGAAGUUGUUCGGCGUAAUCUACCCAAAAGAAUAUGCCCCCAUUGCGAAACAAGUCUGGCAGCAUACAGGAGAUGGUGUGCAAAGCCGACGCAGCGAGUUCUGCUUGAAUGCAUUACAAGACGGUUACCUCGUCGAGGACCAUGCUUUAGGGUCCGACGGGAAGCAACCAUUCUAUUCUAAAGGACCGAAACGAUACCAACAGCGAACACCGACACCUAAGGAGCAUGAACAUAGCGCAAAGGCAACAGAAUCAUCUGACGGACAAGAAUUUUCAUCGUUCGUUGAAGAACGGUUCGGUCGCAACUUGAGCGCAACGUUGGCACAAAAUGCGAAAAGAGCGAUGCGACGACGAAUUGCUGGUUCUCUCACCGCCAACGUCGAACUUCAUGAAGCCUUGGAAAGUGAAGCCUCAGACGGGCGAAUUGCGGGCCUGACUGAAAACGACGUUUUCCUGUACCCUACGGGUAUGAGUUCUAUUUUCAAUACACACCGGACUCUCUUGAACGCCAAAGGGCCCCUGAAAAGUAUAUGCUUCGGAUUUCCAUACACAGACACAUUGAAGAUCCUCGAGAAAUGGGGCCCUGGCUGUAUAUUUUACGGUCAUGGAUCAUCUGACGAGAUUCAGGAUUUGGAAUCACGUCUAGAGAAGGGAGAAAGGUUCCUCGCAUUAUUCACAGAGUUCCCCGGAAAUCCAUUACUGACGUCUCCGGAUCUCAAGAGGAUCCGUGAGCUAGCAAAUAAGUACGAUUUCUACGUCGUGGUAGAUGAGACAAUUGGUAGCUUUAUCAACGUGAACGUCUUGCAGCAUGCGGAUGUCGUUGUUAGCAGCUUGUCAAAGAUUUUCAGCGGCGACAGUAAUGUCAUGGGAGGCAGUGCAGUGCUUAAUCCCCAAGGACUUCAUUACCAAUUCUUGAAAAAAGCAUUCACGACAGACUACGAAGAUAAUGUUUGGGCCGAAGACGCAGUCUUCCUUGAGAGAAAUAGCCGUGAUUUCAUAUCUAGGAUUGAAAAGAUUAACACCACGACGGAAUUUGUGACGGAGAUUCUGCAAACAUCUCCCCUAGUGAAGGAAGUCUAUUACCCAAAGUAUAGCCCAACGAGACUGAACUACGAUGCAUUACGCCAUCCAACAGGAGGCUACGGUGGUCUAUUCUCUAUUACGUUUCACACAACGAAAGACGCCAUCGCGUUUUUUGAUGCGCUUGAAGUCAUGAAAGGACCAAGUCUUGGAACUAAUUUCACCUUGAGCUGUCCGUACACAUUGUUAGCCCAUUAUGCCGAGGCCGAUUGGGCUUCUUCUUUCAAUGUUCCAUUCGAUUUGAUUCGGGUCAGUGUCGGAUUGGAAGAUCCUGAAGAGCUUGGCGCUCGCUUCAAGCGUGCUUUGGACGCGAUUAAGCAGAAUCCCGCUUAA